GUAAUAACACACUGACUUCCUUGUAGUACGACUGCUCAGCUCCAUUCGUGUCGACUGUCCAGAGUCCACGAAUAUACAGCCACUAACUAGUGUACUACUCAUCUCAACUACACAAAAGUAUCUCCCUGUGCGCCUCCUUAAUCUCAGUCUCAGGAGACCAUCUGGGCUGGCAGCCACAUUCCAACAGCUUCUCCCAUCUUUGUUCAGACAUGUCACGCUACAGUUUUGGUCUGGAGCCACUUUCUUGCCACACCUGGAAUAAAGACAGGACACAAAUUGCGGUAAGCCCCAACAACAAUGUGGUGAACAUUUAUGAAAAGAAAGGCCGAGACUGGAUCAAGAUCCAUGAGCUUACUGAGCACAGUGGACGUAUCACAGGCAUCGACUGGGCUCCUGAGUCCAAUCGCAUCGUCACCUGUGCCUCUGACCGCAACGCCUACGUGUGGACUCUAAAGGAUGGCUCGUGGAAGCCCACUCUGGUCCUUGUACGAAUCAACCGUGCAGCCACCUGUGUAAAGUGGUCUCCCCUGGAGAACAAGUUCGCCUUGGGCAGUGGAGCUCGACUCAUCUCUGUCUGCUAUUUUGAGAAGGAAAAUGAUUGGUGGCUUAGUAAGCACAUCAAAAAGCCCAUUCGCUCCACCAUUCUGAGCCUGGAUUGGCAUCCCAACAACAUUCUUCUGGCAGCUGGGUCUGCAGACCUCCACUGCAGGAUUUUCUCAGCCUACAUAAAGGACAUCGAGGACAAGCCUGGACCCACUGCUUGGGGCGCCAAAAUGCCUUUUGGGGAGGUGAUGUUUGAGAAUAAGGACUGUGGCGGUUGGGUUCACAGUGUCUCCUUCUCCCCCAGUGGAGACCAGCUGUCCUGGGUGGCCCACAACAGCAGCAUCACUGUGGCAGAUGCUACCCGGGGAAAGGAGGCAACACAGCUGACCAUUGACAGUCUUCCACUGCUGAGCAUCCUAUAUGUCAGCCCCACGGAGAUUGUUGCCGCGGGGCAUGACUGUUGUCCCUACCAGUUCACCUAUAAGGGACCAGGCUCUCUGGGAUUUGUCAAGAAGCUAGACAUUCCCAAGCAAUCAUCCAAAAGUGGCAUUUCAGCCAUGCAGCAUUUCCGUAACCUGGAUAAGAGGGCUACCGAGGAAGACAGAAACGAGUUAGACACCCUUCACCAGAACAGCAUCACGCAGUUAUGUGCUGUUAAGGGAAAAGCUAGAGUGGAGAUGUACAGCAGUGUGGGACUGGAUGGAAGCAUGGUUAUGUGGGAUUUUAAGCACUGAGGCAAAAAGCAGGCUGCUGGUGAUGCGUCUCGUUCCACCACUGAGUACGUGUGAGACACCUCUGCUGUUGACUAUACUGCGUCUGCAAAUAACCAAAAUUAAAGUGAUAUACUGUCACUGAUUUUGAAUAUUGGAUAAUACUGCCAGAAUUAUCUGUAUCAUCAUUGUUCAAUAAAAUACCUUUGAAAUAA